CCCGACGUCGUUUAGUAUCGGCCGCAACGCCGUAACGUCGCGACGUUUGGGUAUGGCGCUUCUUUUCUCUGCAUAUUUACGUCUCUAGAGAAAAUCGUCGGAACGCGCUACCGGAAAAUGAGAUACCGAUCUGCCGCCGUAAAUAACCAUCUCAGUCACCCGAGAUUGCCGUUGCUCCAUGUCGCUCCGGUUGUCAUUCGGCCACGAUCGGAGGUUUAGCGGAUUUCGCGAGAAGAAAGUCGCAUGUGAGAAACACGGCGGUGCGUUUUUGCGGGAGAAAAACUUCUUCGCCAAGUUGGUGCAAUUUCGAGUCUCAGUGACUACAAUGUUGGAGUGAUCUUUGCGAUUGAUUGAACGACAAACGUGCAUCAUCAAUCAUGCAGACCGCAGGAUUGCAGUUCAUGAGUAUGCUGCGGUUCUUGCUGAUAGUGAUGAGGAUAUCGGUGGUCUUAGGACUCUACUUCCCGCAAUCGAACCUGACUCUAAGGUUUCCGUAUGUGACACAAUACGACGCGAAGGUUUUACCGGUCAAAUUAAUUGGCCUUAGGACCCUCCAUAACGACUCCGUUGUACCGCAAAACGUGGAGUAUCGACUUUUCACGACGCAGGAAAAUAUCGCAUCUUAUCAGGAAAAUACGAGUAAUGUCAUGUUACAGAGUCUUCCGAAAAAUGGUGCUCUCAAUACUAUCGUCAUCGAGGCGAACAAAAAGGGUUUUGGCGAGGCAGUGCUUGAAAUAAAAGUGCAACCGGUACUAGUAAAAGGAAAAACUGUUAACUGCGCGGAUUAUAUACAGGACAUGUGCUUCUGGAACACGUCAAGCUACAGAAUUUACGAGAAUCAGCCAGUCACCAUGAUUGGCAUGUUCGGCCCGGAGGCGUACAGGUACCUGUGUCCAAAAUUCCACGUCAGAUAUGAUUUAUUGAACGAGACCGACUAUUUUCAAAUACUUAAAAAUAAAUUGUACGCGAACGCAUCCUUGGAUCGAGAUACUAUCGGUCCUCCGGGAGGCCCUGGACCAUCCGUUGAUAUAGAGGUAAGAUGCGUCGUUUGGGAAGAGGAAACUGGGACACAGCACAUACGGAUGAACGUUCUUACUAUCGAUAUCCUGGACCAGGAUGACAAUCCUCCCACGGUGCAGGGCGAAACUACCAUCGAUAUAGAUAUAGAUAUAAACAGACUGCAAGAUUUCACCAAAGGCCAUACAUUGGUGAACGCCAUAGGGAAAGACUUGAUCCUGAAAGAUGCGGAUACCGUGAUCAGCAACCAGUAUACCGUUCGUCUGCUUGGUGACACCUCCAAUGCGUUGAACGUCACUUAUAAGAUUCUGCCGAUCGAAGCCCCGAAUCAGGCGCCUUAUACCGCCAUUCUGCCUAAAAUCUACGUCAGGAGAACGCUGCUGCCGACGUCGCCGUAUCGGGUGGUUCUUCAGGCCACGGAUGUGUCGCUUCUUAAAGGAUACGGGCCGAAUUCGGUAAACAUCAAUAUAACUUUUUCGGGACCGGUGCACCAAAUUCCGUUAACCGUGGCGCCGUCGUCCGUCAUAACACGGGAGUCGCUGUCAUAUCCGACGGGUGUAAAAAUCGUCAGGAUUUCACCCCGGUACCUUCGUGUGGCGAAACCCACGGCGAAGCCACAUCCCUCAAUAACUUUCGCCCUGCGUGGCUCGAGCGCUUUUAACGUCACUCAACGAGAGGGCAUCGUUUACGUAGCCAACGAGACUAAACUACGAUCCGAGUCCGACACCGUCCAACUGAAAUUAGAAUGGAGCGGAGCGAAUCGCGUCGUGAUGACCAGGACGCUGCGAGUAAAUCUGAUCAACGUGUCGAAAAUCGAGACGUGCAAGCGAUCGGAGGAAGAGACGCGUUCGUGCGCGAACGCAGAGACGCGCGAGGAUUGCGAAAAGUCCUGUGGAAUUGGCAGUGGAUCUCUGAGCAAUGGCAGUUUUAUUAAUCGAUGCGUUUGGAGAGGCAACAAGAAACGCAAUCAAAUGUCGGAAUAUUAUUCUACCUGCUCGCCGGAUCUGGUUUAUUGUCCAGACAACGAAUGCGACGAGCUGGAGCGCAUCAAUCCACGGAUAUGUCCGCAGGAUUGCACCGUGGAAUCCGACGUUCUCUUCGCUCACGUGAACAGUGGUGGCCGCGGCAUAAAGAGUGGCAUGGAUGCCUGUUCCUGUAAUGAUCUGCUGCAAUGCACCUGCGGACUCGACACAUUUCGACAACAAGGAAACAAGGUGCCUGGUGGUGCUAAGAAGGAACGACUCGGCUCCGGGAAACCACGGGAUCGAGAGAACGAGGUCGCACGCAAAGCAUUCAGCGGGCCGUGCGGACCUACGUGCAUGAUGGGCGUCCUUGGGUCCAGUCUAUUUGUGCUUAUAGUGAUUGUGGGAUCAUUCGUCACGUGGAGAUACAAAAUGGCCGCGAAGAGCGCUCGACGGGAAUGCAAACACAGGGUAGACGAUGCGGCAAAUGGUAUUGGUAUUUUGCCGUCCGACUACAUCGAUCGCGGUGAUGGUCUCCUGAUCGGUCUAGACACCUUCACGGCGGCGAAUCGUCAUCUAUUGCUGCCCAAGACAUACCCGCCGGAUCCGAAAUGGGAAUUCUCACGAUCGCUCCUGAAGAUCGAGCAAGUUCUAGGCGAGGGUGAAUUCGGACGCGUUUUGCGCGCCAAGGCUAUGAACAUCGGUGGGGUGCCUGGUCCCACAACCGUCGCAGUGAAGACGUUGAAGGAGGACGCGUGCGCUUCCGAGCUGGCGGAUCUGCUGUCCGAGUACCAGCUCCUGAAGGAGGCACAGCAUCCGAAUGUAAUCCGGUUACUGGGAGCCUGCACGACGCCGCCAGGAGCGCCUGUCUACCUCAUCAUCGAAUUCGCCGAAUUUGGCUCCUUGCGCAACUAUCUGAGACGCAAUCGACACUUGGAGCCGGAAAGCAGAAUUCCCUGCUCGAUGUCUCUGGUUUCCACCUCGCCGAUCAACCCCGGCGAGGAGGAACAGCAGUGCGCCGAUAAUGAUGCAUCGAACUGCACCAUAACGCCGCGCGAUAUUCUAUCCUUCGCUUGGCAAAUCAGUAAAGGGAUGGCAUACCUUGCUGAUAUUAAGUUGGUGCACCGAGAUCUCGCGGCGAGGAAUGUCUUGCUCGCCACCGGCAAGGUCUGCAAGAUUUCAGACUUCGGUUUGACUCGCGACGUGUACGAAGACGACGCGUACUUGAAGCGAAGCAAAGGACGAGUGCCCGUAAAAUGGAUGGCACCGGAAUCCCUGGCCGACCAUGUGUAUACCAGCAAAUCGGACGUUUGGAGCUUCGGCGUGCUGCUGUGGGAGUUGGUCACGUUAGGAGCCUCGCCGUAUCCCGGAGUGGACGUACAUAAUCUCUACAAUCUGCUGAAGACUGGCUAUCGUAUGGAAAAGCCGCCCAAUUGCUCCCAGCAAUUGUAUAAAUUAAUGGUAUCUUGCUGGCAUCUUGAGCCCGCCAUGCGACCGUCUUUCAAGGAACUUACCAGUCACUGGGAACGCAUGUUGGAGGAUGGUGUCGAGUAUCUCGAUCUCAAUCCACGAACUGUUCAUAAUCAAGCCUAUUUUACGUCUCUACAUACCUUGGACAGCGCAAAUACUCUCAAAAUGGUUCUAGAUUCUGGUAAUGAUCAGACGGACAACGGAACUGGCAGCAACUUGAAGACGGACACAGUUAACUAUCUCGGCCGAAUGUCGUCCGAGCCGGUCACUAAAUGCGACAAGGUGGACAAACUGCAGGCUCUCUGGCAACCGACCGUGGCAUCUUUCCCCGAGGAAGCCAUGAAGUCUCCCUACGUGAACGAACAACCCGCAAGUCUGAACGCCAAUCACUAUGAAAGCCCGAUAAAGCUGAGGAACACUAGCGUGACGAGCAACAGCGAGAAUGACCUCAGAACAUCUACUAAUGAACGUCCUCAAUCCUACAUCGACAUGCAAGGAAAGAAAUCAUCGCAGAUGGAAGAUCUCUUGGUCUUCAGUAGCAUAGAUGAUGACAAGAGCGACAAUAACGUGACGAAUUGAUCGCAGUAAUCUCCUAUUGGAUAUUUGACAAAUGAGAAAAUUCCAAAAUUGGGAGAUACAUUUAGCUUCCGAAUCUCGACAUGUCUCCGUUGUCCUGAGGCAGACAUACGAUGUAUGAAAGAAAAUUAGAUGGCUGAAUGGUGAAGCGACUGACGAUUGUGAGAGGAGAAUAUUUAUUUGACGGGAGAAGAACGAGAGAGAAAGCUGCGCAAUUGGAAGCGAAUGGUGCGAAUGAAAAGAGAAACGUCAUUCGUUAAUGGUGAGUCGCAGAAAUUGCGACGACGAUACAAUGGGAAAAAUGAGAAUUUGCUGAAUGAAUGAAGAUUUGCUAAAGUGGCAGGAGUUUAUAAUAACUCCGCAGAGUCGGAUAAAUUAAUACUUAAAAUACCGCAGAAGGAAUUUUUGAGACAAAUGAGCGAAGCGUUCUACUCUGCCACGCAGAGCAAAAGCGAAUUAAAUCGCGCAAAGCGGUUGCUAUACCAAAUAUAAAUUAUAGUAAUUAAUUUACCCUAUUUUUAUGUACUUAAAAUCGUACGACGUACUGUCUGUCGACCAUCAUUGAUAAUACCGCUUUUACUACUACUAUGAAUAAUGAUAGUCACGCAUUAUAAUCAUUCGUGCGAUUUCUCAAGACGAUCAUCGAGUUUUUCAGCAUUUAUGAAUUUUCUGUACAUCAUACUAUGCAACUGUGAUGAGAUUUGAGUAGUUGCUCAUGAGAAUGACAAAUUUACUUACGGUCUGCGAAUACCAUGCAGGGUGUCCCAGACGCUUGCUUUCUAGUCAUUGUUGACAGUUUUAAUGAUUAGCAAAUAGAUGAUAAAAUAAUUUUAAGCAAUACUAUUAUUUAACAAAACUUUUAUUCGCAAUAUAAAAAGUGGGAGAUAUUAAUGUGCAAAAUUAAAGAAUUGUAAAAUUGUUUUCCAUUAAAUUUUCUUUCGACGAACGUUCGUGCGACUGUGAGGUUGCACAGCGGACAGGACACCCUGUAUACAGUGCUAUCGAUUUGAAAUUUAAUCACAUCACGCUUCCUUUGAAACGAGAUACUUUCUAUUGUCGCACCAGCUUUUGUGGCUUUCGUGUGCUCGACGCAACAAAGCAGCAGAUCGCACGUCGCAAAGAUCAGAACGGAAUGUAAGAAAAAUGUAAUAUUUUUACGCGAGACGCGUGCGUGUGCUCCAGUUGGCACGAUGGCAUAUCCGAAAAAGAAGAAGACUGUGUUUUACCGUACCUCACCGAGAAUGAAAUCGUCCCUUUUAUAUUUACAUAUGUACAAACGCAACACAUUCCACACGGUUAGCCUAGCCAUCUAUCGUACGAGUUUUACGAUAUGAUUUCGACUUAUAUCACACGUUCAAUGUUUCUUUUCUCGUUACUCUCCGACGCGUUAAAAGAACUCACGUGAUAUCGAGCACGCGCGUCACGAGAUGGUUGAUAUUUGUGCCAUAUUAUUUUCUUGUAAUUAAUAUAUUAUGAAACGUAUAUAAGAAAAUUCAACGG